AUGUCACAAAUAGAAAGUAUGGCUAUACUGGGCAUUCGCUCAUUCAGCCCUGAAGAAGCCAGUUACAUAAAGUUUAACUCACCACUUACAGUAAUUGUUGGCUCAAAUGGUUCUGGAAAAACUACAAUCAUUGAGUGCCUUCGUUAUGCAUGUACAGGUGACCAACCACCUAACAGUAAGGGCGGUGCAUUUGUAAACGAUCCAAAGGUUGCUGGCUCUAAUGAAGUGAAAGCACAAGUAAAGUUAAAAUUUUAUAAUAUCAAUGGAGAAAAGAUGAUUUGCAGUCGUUCUCUGGCAGUGUCCAAAAAGAAAGCCUCAGCUACGAUGAAGUCAAUUGAUAAUUCCUUAUUGAGAUAUGAUAAUCAAACAGGCGAGGUGUUUAGUAUCAGUAGUCGAUGUGCCGAUAUGGAUGCGGAACUACCACUUCACCUAGGUGUGCCAAAGGCUAUCUUGGAUAAUGUGAUAUUCUGUCAUCAAGAAGAAAGUAAUUGGCCAUUAUCAGAACCAGGUGUGCUAAAGAAAAGAUUUGAUGAGAUAUUUUCAUCAAAGAAAUACCAGGCGGCUCUUGAUAAUAUCAAAGACGUAAAAAAGGAAUUACACGAAAAUAUCAAGAUUGGAAAUGUUCGUUUGGAUGCACUAAAAGCGGAUACUGAAAAAGCGAAGAGAAUACGUAGUAAUCUGACCCAACUAAAUCAACAAACAGCAGCAAAGCUGAAUACACUUGACUUGGUAGACACAAAAAUUAACCAAAUCCACCAGAAAGUUACCAAGCUCAAGGACACGUUCCGAGACUUUAACCUGACAGCGGAUCAAAUACAGCAAAUUAUCAACAAGAGAGACUUUUAUAUGAGCACAAUCAAUUCAAUCAAAGAUACCAUCACACCUCGAUCAGAAUCAACAGAAGAACUCAAGAUUAUGCUGAGAAACCAUCAGAUGAACGAAAGCAAAGUCACUGGAGAAAGAACUGAGCUCUUGAGCGAAAAAUCAAAACUGGAAAGAAAGCUAAAGUCAGCACAGGACGAACUAUCACAAAAGCACACAGCUAUUGGUAGAUUAAUGGCAGCAAAGGAACAAAUUGAGCAGCAGAUUCAAACACGUAUUGAGUUGAUUGAAAAAAUAAACUCAACUCAUGGGAUGUCUAUGUCUAUACACGAUGGUCCGAAAGUAGCAACUUCUCUAAGAAAACACGUUACAUCUCUUCAAACAAAACAGAAAAAAGACAAAACUGCUGCUCUAACAAGACAAAACACGCUCUCUGACGAGCUUCAGUUAUUGAGAAGCAGACACUUGUCAAUUAUCGAAAGUAAAAAGCGUUUGACAAAACUUAUUGAAGAUGAUAAAGCACAAAUACAAGCUCAUAAAAACAGAUUGUUAGAAUUUGAGGUAUCCACAAGUGAAAUUGAAGAUGCAAAAGCAAGAGUUGAAAGAGAACAAAAAAAGCUAAAGGAACUAGAGACUACUAUUGAUCAUUCUGUAAAAGAAAAGCUACAGAACAAAGAGAACGAAUUGAAAGAAUUGGACGACAGAGCUUCUGAAUUAAAUGAUGAAAUGAAUCGAUUAAGCAAACAAAGUGAUACUUCAGCUAAACUGUCAUUAAAGCGCACCGAAAAGGAAUCAAAAGAGCUUAUUUUAAAUAGACUGUACGAAGAAUGUACAGAAAGCGUUCAGAGUAUAAUAGGUAAAAAACCGACCAAGCAAGACCUGGAAAGAGAACUCUUGACGUUUAAAAGAGAAAGAGAAAAGAAUAUAUACGACUUGAAAGCUCUUAGAAACCAAGCAAACAAUGAGGCUUCUGCUGCAGAUGGUAAAAUUGGGGUUGCAAGACAUCAUAUUUCCGUGAGAAAACGAGAAAUUGAAAAGCAUCAAGCUACGAUUCAUGCUGCAUGCGGAGACACUGAGUUUAUGGAAGCUUUGGCUCAGAAUGAAAAGGUGAUUGAAGAUGUAAAAGAGCAGCUUGCGAAUAUUCGUGGUGCUGAACUGAUUUAUGGCAAAUUCUUUGAACGAGCGCAAAAUUCUAAAUGCUGCCCAUUAUGUACCAGAAGCUUUAAUGAAGAUGUAGAGAACGACGCAUUUCAAGGAAAAUUACAAACUAUAAUGCAAAGGAUUCCAGACCAGAGAGAAAGACUGAAUAAUAAGCUGAAAACAAAUGAGGAUAAGAGAAUACGACUGCGUGCAGCUCAAGGGAGCUAUAUCAAACUUGAAACAUUGAAUAAAGACAUUGCUAACCUUGAGAAAAAUCUUGGAGAAUUUGAGAAAGAAAAAGAAAAUGCGUCAAAUAGAGCAGACGUGGCGUCUGCUGAAUUGAUAGAGAUAGAAAACUAUACAAACAAAAUAGAUAAAACGUUGAAAACUGCAGAGGAAAUAACGCGUUUGCUGAAAGAAUGUAACGCUCUUCAAAGGGACAUUUCAGAACUUGAAAAUGAAUUAAACUUUAUGGGUUCAACAAGAACAAUGACUGAUUGUCAAAAAGAUAUGGAAGAGAUAUCUAUGAAAAGUCAAGCAGUGCGUCGUGAUAUCAAACGACUACAUGAUGAUAUAGAUCUUUCUCGUCGUCAAAUACAAGCAGUUGAAAAUAACAUAAGAGAUUUUCGUGAAAAAUUGCUCAACUGCCAGCAUAAACUAGAUUUUAAAGUGGGUGUAGAAAUGCAACUAAAGGAAUACGAAGAGAACUUAAUGGAACAUAUAGAAGAACUAAAGAAAAUUGAAAAAGAUAUAUCCCCUCUUGAAGCUCAAGUUGAAGAAACUGCUGCUGCACACGAAAAGGCCAUGGGCGAGUGGCGUAUAGCUGAAGAAAAUACUGUUGCCGAACAAAAUAUAUUUAUGCGAUAUAUUGAGCGACUUGAUGAGCUCAACCGUCGUAUCUCUAGAGAUGAAGCCACUUCUGGCUCUGCUAAACUUGAAAGUGCAAUGGAGCAAUGUACCGAGCUUCAAAAAUUGAUUGAUAGAUUAAAGAGCCAGAUAAUUGAAACAACAGAUAGAAUUAACGCUCUGGAAAAGGAUGAAUCAGAAAGACGAGGCAUAGAGCGUGAUUUACAAGACCAAAUUAAAUACAGAGAAAUGCAAGCAGAGCUUGCUAAAUGCGAAGAUGAAUUACGUGAGCUAGAAGAGAAACAAGGAAGCACUGAUGUAUCAGCUUUAACAGAACAAUUACAAAAAGCACAAGAUGAAGAAACUAAUUUAAUUGAUAAGCGUGGAAGCAUCAGGGGUGAGCUUGUUCAAAUGCGUGAUCAGAUUAGGAGAUAUGAAGCAGAACUGGCAAACGAUUAUGCAGAUGUUGAUGGACGCUAUGGGCAGCUGUUCUUGGAUGUUAAGACUAAAGAACUCGCUGUUUCUGAUCUUGAUAAAUAUAGCAAAGUCCUGCAGGCAGCUAUCAUGAAAUACCACUCAUUAAAAAUGGAGGAUUUGAAUACGACAAUUAAAGGCUUAUGGAUGAACACAUAUAAAGGAGGAGAUAUUGACUAUAUAGAAAUACGUGCAGAUAACGAGGGGUCUGCAGCUAAUAGAACAUUCAACUAUAGAGUAGUGAUGUUUCAAAACGGCUCUGAGUUAAACAUGAGGGGUCGAUGUAGUGCAGGUCAGAAGGUAUUAGCAUCAAUCAUUAUUAGGCUCGCGCUGGCAGAAACCUUUUGUAUAAACUGUGGUAUAUUUACAUUGGAUGAACCCACUACUAAUCUUGACAGAGAAAAUAUUGAAAGCUUGGCUGAAAGUUUAGCAAGGCUUAUUGCAAGAAAACGAACUCAACGCAACUUCCAGUUUGUGAUUAUUACACAUGAUGAAGAAUUUGUGGAAUAUCUUGCUCGCCAUGAUAUAACUGGACAACAGUAUCGUAUAAAGAAAGAUGCUUACCAACAUAGCACUAUAAUUGCUGAGAAUAAUCAAAUGUAA